AAAGGUCCCUGGGGGUCUUGUCCAAUACCCCUCCAUUUUACAUGGCUACCCACUCCUUGCGUCACUUAAACAACCAGCUCAAUACCUCCCCUCCCCUGUCCACCAACAUCCUCACAUCUCCCUUUCCUUCGGCAAAAUCGAAACAAACUUUCUCCAAGGUCCCGUAACUGGCAAUCAAUCAAUCAUACCAUUAUUGCUAGAAAUAUACCCUCCCAUAUCUCCCCAUUCUUAUUCUGCCCUGGUGCAGUCCAGUGGCGACAUCAGAGAGGGGUGCCCGUGGCAUGCAAGCACUAUACUAUUAUAUACAUCAUGACAAUAUGAUGUCUUUCUGGUCAUUGUAUUAUUUUCAGUUUGCCCCGCUAUUCUAUUUUCUUGGCGAACUUUUCCCUUCGCGGCAUUGUAAGCAGUGAAGUCAUAUUUUGGAUAUUAGAUCAUUUAUAUAUAUCCCAUGAACCAUCAACAAUCCCUCUUCACCGCUUAUUCAGCUGCCAUUUUUUACGGUAGCUAAAGAGUUCAUUCAGGGGCGCCCUUUUCGAGGCCUUCUUCCCUUUUUCCUCCAAGGUUUUUUUUUUUUUUUUUUUUUUUUUUGCUUUGCCACUUACCCUUGCUAGUUACCCUCUGUGACUGAAAUGUUUUUCUAUUUUCAAAAUAUGGUUUGAAAAGGGAGGCAAAACAAAUGGUGGUAUGAUACCUCAUUUCCUGAUUUCUGUCAUCUGCCUGCCAUGUUUCAUCUUUCCAGUGAACCUGAUUACUAGCACCCUUCUUUCUACUCCAGGAAAGGGGGGUAACUUGACUUUCUUCAUUUCAGAACUGUACCUUGCAUGGUCGAAAACCCAUGUAUUCCUUGAGCUCGAAGCUCAUUUAACCCCAGCGGGCUACCAUUGCUUGAAAAGGUUGCAUUAUUCAAGGUAUAUCUAUCAUCAUUCAGCAAUCGGGGUUUUGAUGGUACCUUUUCUGCAUUGAGCAAGUUUUUGCUAGAUGCUUAUAAAUUGUAAGUAGUUAAUGGACAUUGCCUGUUUUAGAGAUGUUUCCCAGAUGGUAUCAAAUGACAAUUUAAUGUUUCUUUCGUGCGAUAGCUGAUUUCGAUCUCAACCUGUCCAACUUUGCACAGGCCAAGUCAGCUCUGCAUAGUUUCAGAUUUAGAUAGUUGGUUGUGAUACAGCCAGAGAAGCUGUGUGGAACAUAGCUUUUAAAAUGAAAAGAAUUUAGAAUGAUAAUAGAGAGCUGACAGAGAAAGGAACUUCAAAUUUGCUUAUGUUAAUUCAAAUCAUCAUUAUUUCUUAAUAAGAUGUUUCUUAAUAAGAUGUUUUGAUUCAUCUUCAUGUAUUCUGAUAUCACAUCCACAAAUCAAGUAUCUCAGAGAGAUCUUGA